GAGGUUAGGUUAUUAAAUUCUUAAAAAAAUUAUGGAAUGACGUGCAAGGCAAACCUCGUCUUCAGAAGGAAACAGUUCCGAACCUCAUGUGUCCCUCCGAAGACACAGCAACGAGUUCCUGUGGCGGUGGGUUGUGAAAAGUGGAGAUGAAAUCAGAGACAGUGACACUGGUGCUGGUGAAUCUAGCAAGUAUUAUGCAGAGAGCAGAUGAGUCGUUGCUUCCAGGAGUGUACAAAGAGGUUGGUCAAGAUCUGAACGCUGACCCCACCGCGUUGGGUUCGCUCACACUGUUUAGAUCACUUGUUCAGUCUCUGUGUUACCCUCUGGCGGCAUACCUCGCCACGCGUCACAAUCGUGCGCACGUCAUAGCUCUUGGUGCUUUUCUUUGGGCUGCUGCUACCUUCCUCGUUGCCAUCUCCUCCACCUUCCUACAGGUGGCAAUUUCAAGAGGUUUAAAUGGGAUAGGACUUGCCAUUGUUAUUCCAGCAAUUCAGUCGCUGGUUGCUGACUCAACCGUUGAUAACAACCGAGGAAUGGCUUUUGGGUGGCUGCAACUGACCGGAAACCUAGGAAGCAUUAUUGGUGGUCUCUUCUCUGUACUCAUAGCCUCAAGCACAGUUGCAGGUAUACCUGGGUGGAGAAUAGCUUUUCAUCUGGUUGCAUUGAUCAGUGUUAUUGUGGGAAUAUCGGUACGUCUCUUCGCUAAUGAUCCACACUAUUCAAAGAGCGAUCACACAGCAACAAAUGGAGCUUCAAACAAGUCCUUUUGUUCUGACAUGAAAGACUUAAUGAAGGAAGCAAAGUCAGUGAUAAGAAUUCCAACUUUUCAGAUAAUUGUGGCUCAGGGAGUGUUUGGAUCAUUCCCUUGGUCAGGUUUGUCUUUUGCCACGCUUUGGUUAGAACUAAUAGGCUUCUCCCAUGUGACAACAGCGACCCUUUGGACCUUAUUUAUAGUUGCUGGUUCAUUUGGAUCUUUAUUUGGAGGGUGGAUGGGAGAUUUUUUAUCCCAAAAAUUACCCAACUCUGGUAGAAUAGUAUUGUCACAAAUAAGCGCUGGUUCAGCCAUUCCUUUAGCAGCGAUUCUGCUGUUGGGAUUGCCAGAUGAUUCAUCCACUGCCUUCAUGCAUGGUCUUGUUUUAGUCAUCAUGGGAUUCACCACAGCCUGGAAUGCUCCAGCCACUAACAAUCCAAUAUUUGCAGAAAUAGUUCCUGAGAAGUCUCGAACAGCUAUAUAUGCUUUGGAUUGUUCAUUCGAGUCUAUUUUGGCAUCUUUUGCUCCUCCUAUUGUUGGAGUGUUGGCUCAGCGUGUUUAUGGUUACAGACCAAUCCCAAGGGGAUCCUCGGAUUCUGUGGGGAUUCAAACUGACAGGGAAAAUGCUGCGUCUCUCGCCAAGGCACUUUACACUGCAAUUUUAAUUCCGAUGAUAAUCUGUGUCUCCGUCUAUUCAUUGCUUUACUUCACCUACCCAAGGGACAGGGAACGAGCAAGAAUGGUAUCGUUGGUGGACUCAGAAAUGCUCCAUCUACAACUGGAAGAUGCCACCAAAGAACAACAUUACCAAGUUACUGAUUUAGAAUCAAAUUGGGUGAAUGAUGACAAGGAAAGUAGCAAGUUCCACAUCGAUUAUCCAAGGGAAGAAAGCGUGGAGGUAGAUGAUGAUGAUAAGAAAGUUUUGUUGUCCUAGUAUUAGUUCACUUCUGCAACCAAACACUGGUUCAUUGAUCAAAUUUUAUAGAUAUGUAUUGGACAACUCUGAAAAUUGUUGGUAUGAUGUUUAUUCCUUAAUUUUUGAUGAACGAAUCACAUUCAAUCA